UAAGCUAUACCAUUGUGUGUCAAUGGUCGUCAGCACCACAACACUAGUGGACCGUCAGACCUGCCGGACAUGAUGCACCUGACACUCGUCAGUCCUCUCUAGCCACCACCCUCACCGUGGGUGCUGACAGCUGUGGGUGCUGACAGCUGAGGGUGCUGACGCAGCUGCUGACACUGCUGACACCAGCAAGAUGAGUGAGCAGGUGGAGGAGCUGCCGUCCUCGCCGCUGGGCACCAAAGAAUAUUGGGAUUCUACAUAUGACACUGAAUUAUCAAACUAUAAAAGUGAUGGAAACAUUGGGGAUAUCUGGUUUGGAGAAGAGAGCAUCGAACGAGUAUUAAAUUGGAUGCUGGAAUCCGAUAUGGUGAAUCUACAAUCUUCUAUCAUUGAUGUGGGCUGUGGUAAUGGUGCUUUUCUUAUAUGUUUGGCUGCUGAAGGUUUUACUAACCUUUUGGGAAUUGACUACUCUCAAAAUGCCAUCGAGCUUGCACGGGCCAUUGCUCUGGAGAAGAAACUUGACAUCAAGUAUGAGCCAGUUGACUUACUGAGUGAAGGUGGAAAGAAUCUGAUCGCUAAUUUAUAUGAUAUCUGCCAUGAUAAGGGAACCUAUGAUGCCAUAUCCCUUUGCCCUGAAGAGCCUCAGAACAAAAGGUUAUCUUACAUCAAGGCCAUUCACAACAUUACCAAGGAAAAUGGCCUCUUUAUCAUAACAUCUUGCAACUGGACAAGUGAGGAACUGAUAGGACAUUUCAAAGGCUACUUCAGUGAAGUGCACACUAUCCCAACUCCAACCUUCAUGUUUGGAGGCAGAGUUGGUUCUCAGAUAAGCUGUAUUGUUUUCACAAAGGUCUCCAGGUAAAUGUGCCAGCCAUAAUUUAGUAGAUACUAGUUACUUUGCCUUAACACAAAGAAAUGUUCAGGUAAUACACUAUAAAAUGCUGUACCAGGUGCUGUCAACAAUUGGUUACAAGACUACAGUAUGCAAGACUGUACAGAGGAGUGUUUCAUGAAAGCAAGACGAGACACUACAGUGCAACCCUGAUUCAGCGAACUGUACGGGACCAUCCUUGAUUCCUUGGAGUAAUGGAUUCGUUGCAACUAGAGAUGUUUUCAGGAGGCAUUUGUGAGACGUAUUUUUAAGACAAGAAAAAUACACUGCUUCACCCGUUUCAUUCUUCUACUGUUGCCUAAACCUAUCAUUAAAAAUGUGAUUGGAGCCAUAAUGAGAGUUGCUGUUAAUGCUUUUAAAAUUUCCCGUACUUUAUGGGCUAAUUUCACCGAGUGAAAUGUUUAUUUCCACCAUAUGCUGGAUAUCUACAAUGAGAACCUGUCUGUAGAGAGCUUUCACCGCAUCUAGUUCAUUUAAUGGACUAGUUUACUGAACAAGUUGAAGAACGUUGAUCUGGACAAUUUCUUCAGGUCAGAUGCAACACAAACCUGGAGUAACGGGUUCAAGCUCAACAAGCCACAAUGUUGGACUGAGAACAGCAGAUGCUUUUUCACCCACAUGGUUAUUAACCUAUGGAACCGCCUACCCGCCGAAGCCG